CAAAAGAUCCAGAACAGAAAAGAGAGAAAUUAAGCAGUAUCUUGACUCUGUUCUGUGUAUAAUUGUAUUCCAAAAAUUAAAAAAUUCAUGCCUUCUUAUGUUUAUUCACUUUGAUUUCUAAUUUGAUAAUAAUUGAGGAAGUCUGCUUAACUUCCUUUUACAAGGAAAUCCCCCAAAACCAACAAGAACGUUACUUUAGACUUUAUAUAAUGAUGUUAAACUACAAUUCAGAGUUGAAAUGUUUCCUAUUGAACAGUUUUACUUCUUUUUUUUGUUUGGUACCUGGAAACUGUAGCUGUAGAAUCAUUUCCUGCUCAUGAUGGGCAUCUUAAAUAAUCUAUAUCUGUGUGUUAAAAAAAAAAAAAAAAAAAGCACAAUUAUGGUGUUUUUUCAUUUGGUGGUAUGCUACAUGCAUAUCAAUGUAUCUUUUGUGAACGUGAUCAUGAUGAGUGGGUGUGAGAGUGGAAAGCUGGGUAGCUGAGUGCCAAGGGUUAGGGGUUCCCCAGAGUGGCUCACAGCAGACCCCGGGCGAUGAGCAGAUGCGUGUUGUCAUAGCAAUGACUGCUGUGUGUAAAUACUGUUAGCGCCUUCAGGACCCAAAUUCAGUGUUUAAUAAGCAAAAUGAACGUUGUAGCCUCAUCAUUAAUCAGGGAAUUAAUCACGUUGUCAUAAUAAUGGCCCUUUCUUUUAACAUGUGACAUUUAUCUAAUAGUGGAAUCUACUAAGAGACAAGUGGAUUAACCUGAGAGUAUUGCACUCGGGCUUCAUUGUUGUGGACAGGCAGCAGGUGGUUUAUCUUUAUUAUUUUUCCCUCUCUCUCUUGAAGGGUCCUUAACCUCUCCUCCUCCUCCCACGCAGACCUCCCAGGCGCUCCUCUCCGCCGGAGGCUUCAUGGACAAGCGCGAACCGCUUCAUAGUAAAAAUAAAUAAAUAAAUAAAAAAUAACGGGAGAUAACAGUGAAGAUGAUGAGGGUAGAUACUGUGUGUGGGCAACAUUAGUUCAUUAUCGGCUGCUUGGUGGAGAGGAGGACAUCCACAUGACGGUGUGAGGAGCACCCUGGAUGGACUGAGGCAGCUUCUUCUGAAACAACCGCCAGUAGAAGAGGAGAGGACCUGUCUCUUCAUGACAGCUUGACACAUUCAAAGGCACAAACAGGGUGAAUGGAAUAGAAAUUCUUCCGUGCUUCUGUUUCCUCGAUGGAAAAGAAACAAGUGCGAUUGGUUGUUGCCAGGCCGUCACUCCCAUCAGCCCAGAAGACAUUUGCAUAAAAUUGAAUCUUUCUUAACAUGAUGCCCACAUUGAACCACUGUGCAACUUUUGAAUGCCUGUGAAAUGUUUCCCACGAGACCUGCCUCCUGGACCAGGUGCUGGAGCUGAUUAUGAACGAGAAGCCCCCCACCAGUGCAAGUCUUUUCCUAAACGAGGACGCGGACAAACCCCCCGUGCCAGAGAGAGUAGACUUAAGGAGGCGUUUACGCAGGGCAAUGGAGAGGAAAGCCAGCAGCAUGAAGGAGAGGAUGGGCUCCAUCAGCAGGGACAGCGUCAAAGGUUUCCUCAAGAGGAACCUGUUUGUUCUGUUCACUGUCGCCGCCGUGGCUCUGGGUGUAAUCCUGGGCUUUGCUCUACGCCCCCACAACCUGUCCCUGAGGGAGAUCAAGUACUUUGCCUUUCCAGGGGAGCUCCUAAUGAGAAUGCUACAGAUGCUGGUGCUGCCUCUCAUCGUCUCCAGUCUGGUCACAGGUAUUUCCUCUUUGGACAGCAAAGCGUCAGGUAAAAUGGGUGUUCGUGCAGUGAUCUACUACAUGGUGACCACUCUCAUUGCUGUGUUCAUCGGCAUUGUCAUUGUGAUAAUAAUCCGGCCGGGGAAAGGCAGCAGAGAUAGUCCUGUGACCAACAGUGGAAACAUUGAACCUGUUCAGGCUGCUGAUGCUUUUCUGGAUCUCAUCAGGAAUAUGUUUCCUCCCAAUCUGGUAGAAGCUUGUUUCAAGCAGUAUAAAACUGUGUACAAGAAGACUGUUCAUACAAGGAACGUGACAGUGACCCUGAACCUCACCAACUCUCUCAACGUGACAGACUCUAACCUGAGCGUGAACCUCAGCAGGGUGCUGCACACCAUACAGGAGACAGUGGAGGAGAGGGUCCCUGUGUCCGGCUCUUCUGCUGGAGUCAACGCGCUGGGUCUGGUCGUGUUCUCCAUGUGCUUCGGUCUCGUCAUUGGCAACAUGAAGCAGCAGGGCCAGGCCCUCAGGGACUUCUUCGACUGCCUGAAUGAAGCCAUCAUGAGGCUUGUGGCCAUCAUCAUCUGGUACGCUCCCCUGGGCAUCCUGUUCCUCAUUGCAGGGAAGAUUGUGGAGAUGAAGGAUCUGGCAGAGAUGGGCAGUCAGCUGGGGAUGUACACUGUGUCAGUCAUUGUGGGUCUCCUCAUUCAUGGCCUCUUUGUCCUGCCGCUGCUUUACUUCCUGGUGACCAGGAGGAAUCCCUAUACCUUCAUUGGUGGUCUGCUGCAGGCACUCAUCACAGCUCUGGGAACCUCAUCCAGCUCUGCCACCCUGCCCAUCACCUUCCGCUGUCUGGAGGAGAACAACCAUGUGGAUAAAAGAGUUACACGCUUCGUCCUCCCUGUGGGCGCCACCAUUAACAUGGAUGGCACUGCCCUCUAUGAGGCUGUGGCAGCCAUCUUUAUAGCUCAAGUCAAUGACAUGGACCUAAACUUUGGCCAGAUUCUCACCAUCAGUAUCACGGCAACUGCUGCCAGCAUUGGAGCAGCAGGCAUCCCUCAGGCUGGCCUGGUUACCAUGGUGAUUGUAUUGACAUCGGUGGGACUGCCCACAGAGGACAUAACACUGAUCAUCGCUGUGGAUUGGUUCUUGGACCGCCUGCGUACCACCACCAACGUGCUGGGUGACUCGCUCGGGGCUGGCAUUGUGGAGCACCUUUCCCGUGGAGAGCUACAGAAUCAGGAUGCUGAGGGGCACAACUCUGUUAUUGAGGAGAAUGAGAAGCCCUACCAGCUUAUCUGCCAGGAAAACGACUCCAUCAACCACCACAACAGUGAGACCACAAUGUGAAAAAAUAAACCACAGUUAAAGGGGAAUUGUGUACCGAAAGCAUUUUAGCUAGAAGUUUGGCUUGUAAUGGUGCAGGGGCGGUUUUAGAGAAAAAAAAUAGUUUUGGGUUGACUCAGCCAGUGCUAGGGGUUUCCAGAGUGUCUUUAACUCUCAUCUUAUCCUCAAAUAGAAAAUGUUGUCUGGGAAAAAGGCAAUAGAAAGCCUGGCCUGGGGCUGCUUGGUGACAGGAAAUAAGUCCACAUGCUGUUUAGGAACAGUUACAUAUCCACCGCUAACAAUCCGAUUCAGUGCCAGUUAUUUGGGACCGAUUUGAAAAACUCAAUAUAUAAAAUAAAGCUGAAAGUCAUUUUUCAAAACAUUUUCAGGUUCGUCGAGUUUUCAAAGAUUUGUAUGAUUUAUGAUCCAUACAGUCAGAGAGUCAUAACACUUCCUACAUCCUACCAGCGUCAGUGUUACAAUACACAGUAUUAUUAGGGGAGAAAGACCACCAUAUUUCCAAUUUUGUGAAUAUGUAAAUUUUCAUCACUCUGCUAUUUUGUGUUGCAUGACCUAACACCUCAUUGAAAAUACUUAUUUUUUGUCACUCAAAUCAUCAUGACUACCUCUAACAGGACUUUUAGAUAUAGACCUUCUACAGCUCUACACAUAAAUACAUAUCAGCAGGAUGUAAAUACAUCAAUCUCUCAGUUACUUUAAAUCCCAUAUUUAAGUUUGAAAUAUUUUUUUAAGUUUGCUUGCACAAAACACUGGACUGUGGUGGGAGGGAGAAGGUAUAUUUAUCUAUUUCAAGUGACUUGGUAGAAUGUUUUUCACUCAGUGCUUUCUUAUAAGUAUUUCUUGUAUUUCUUUGGUGCUAUUUCUUUUAAAAUAUGGGCACGGGACUGUACCGCUAUACACUAAGGGUCAUACCUGCACUAUUACUUGUUCUGAAACUGUUAAAUUUUCCUUUUUUUUUUACACAACCAGUCUACGGAAAUUAUUUUUGUUCCUUUUUCUCUCAGUUAAAAGUUCUUGUUUUUUCACUUUAAGGUUGUUUUUUUCUUACUUUAAAUAAUUUUUUGAUUACUGAUAAGAUAAGUUUCAAGACCAUUACAAAGCAUUUGCUGUUGGUAACAACAGUGUGCUUUAACAUCAGUACACCAUUACACCUGCCUGUCUGUGUUUUCUGCAUUAUACUAUCAACUAAAACUGGAUUUUGUUAUAUUUUGACUGUCAUAAUGAUCACAAUUUAUUUUUAUUGUUUUGUGAAAAGGUACUGUAAAGAAAGUUUGUGAAUGCCUUGAGGAAUUGAAUGUACAGUUGCUUUAUGCUUUUUAGUGGUAAUUGUUUUAGAGGAAAGUCUUGUGAAUAAUUAUGAAAGUGAAAAGGUAUAAACUGUUUAAUUGAAAGCUUUGUGACUUUGUGCCACUUUUAUGCUCAUUAAGAUGUUUGACUUUAGUUUUGAUGCUUGAUGUUAUUUCAGUAAAAAUGUUAUUUUUCAAGGAAGAGCAGCUCAACAUUUUUGAUGGACAGCUUAUGAGAAAUGUGACAAAUAAAUGGCUCAGGAAUUAAA